CUCCCUUUUUAGCUAAAAGACAUUUUUUCUAAUACAAUAGCAAUAGUAAGGCUUCUAUGCGCGUACGCUCUACAAACGAAUUUGAUCGCUAGAAAACACCCUCAUUACCAGCGUUAUCCUUAUCAAUCAAUAAUGAGCUUUAACAUCAUUAUUUUAAAGUGGUUUAAAACGGGAUGUGUAUGCAAACGAGAGUUUGUUUAAGGCGUGUCUCGGUGCGGUGCACAUGGUCUCGGCAGUCGCGCGACCAUCGAGUGUGGUUCCGGUGGGGUCGAUCACCACGCCGUGUGUGCGUGCCUUUACAUCGCAUUUGGAACGCACGCGGGCUGGCCGCACGACGUUUGGCGCCAGAAUUCGCGCGAACUUUAUUAAAAAUAAAAACAUUGUUUAUGAACUGUGUUUUUUAAACUGAACUUUUAAUUGUGAAUUUAAAAUGGACGUUAUGUUUGAAGUGAUUAAAUAAAUUGUUUGAAAAGUGGACUUGUGAUGUUUUGACAGAAGUUUUACGGAAAACUAUUUAAAAUGGAAAAAAUGUAUCGGAACUUUUUGGUGAAGUGUUUUCUUCUGGUUUUGGCCACGACUCGAAUUGAUGCAGUCCAGAGGUUUCUGGAGAUGCCCACAUACACAGAGGUGAAUCCGGGAGAAGACGCGUUGCUCAAAUGCAGGAUAUCCGAGAAAAAGGGAGUCUGCUCCUGGCAGAAGGAUAAUAAGCCAGUGGGCAUCUACCGCGGCAAGUACGAAUGGGCGAACGAGAACAGUCCAAUGGGAGGCGACUGCUCGCUCUGGGUCCGAGCGGCCACUCUCGCCUUGGACGAUGGACAGUGGCAGUGUCAGGUCACCGCGAGCAACUAUGACGUGCAGGAUGCCCUAUCUAGUCCCCCCGCGGCGCUAGCAGUCCGUGUGCCGCCGCAAUCGCCCCGGAUUCUGUUCAAUGGCACCCACAUUCUACCGAACCAGAAUAUCACGGUGCCGGCCGGUGCGAGAGCCACUGUGGUCUGCGAGGCGCGCUACGGCAACCCACCAGCUUACAUCGAGUGGUAUUUGGAUAAAGAACGCUUGACCGCUUGGAGUCAGACCAACGCAUCCGAAGUAGAAACACCUCGAGUCUGGGCAGCGCGUUCAGUUCUCGAACUAGGAGCCACGCGAGCUUCCCACGGCCGGCAACUAGCUUGCCGCGCGCACCACCCGUCAUACCCUUCGCCGUACUACCGGGAUUCGUACACCAUGCUUGACGUCACUUUCGUCCCAGUGGUAUCAAUCAACGGCGCAGACCCCAGCACACUAGCGAACCUCGAAGAAGGCAACAGUGCAUUAACUCUCGAGUGCCGCGCCGACGGCAACCCCAGCCCUUAUGUGUGGUGGACCAAGAACGGACAAGUCAUUGCUACUAACGGGGCGAAGCUUAUAUUAGCUCCUGUCAUGAGGAACCAUUCAGGAAUCUAUGGCUGCCAGGCAAGAAAUUCAGUCGGAACAUCUGAUUCUGUGAAAAUCGAAAUCGAUGUUAAGUAUCCUCCCAGAGUGACGUGGGUGGGACCCGACACCGUGGUCGAGGCCAAUCUCUUCUCCCAAGUGACUUUGGAGUGCAAAGCCGAAGGCAACCCACCGCCCUCCUACCAGUGGUAUCAUAACCCCAACUCAGCCCAUCUCAAUGCGAUGCCUGAGGACGGGUACCCGAUAUCGUCGACGCCACAACUUCAGCUUCAGAACGUUUCAUACAGUCAACACGGCCGGUACAUCUGCUUGGCGAUCAAUCAGAUAGGACUGGAAGACCGAACGCAUCAAUCCGAAGCCAUAACCCUGAACGUGCUAGGCCCACCAGUGGGCGCAGAGACUUUAACCGCAAACGCAUGGAGUGGGUCCGAAGCCAAAGUCCAUGCGACUGUGUGUGCUGACCCCCCACCUCGGCGGGCAGCUUGGUUGUGGGGCAGUCUGCGAUUGGAUGUUCCUACUACUAUAGGUCGCUACCGAGCUCUUGAGCCGACGGGCGCGUUCGGCUGCUAUCGCUACACGCUCCUGAUCUCCGGCACCAGCACAUCUGACGCGCGCGUCUACGUUCUCCACGUCGAGAACGAGCGCGGCUUCUCCUCGCAUGCCGUCUCGCUCACCGUCCACGAUAAUUUUCUAACAGAGACGGCGCACGUGGCGCCGCUGAUCGCGGCGGCGCUGGUCAUCGCCGCGCUGCUGGUCGUCGUGUUCUGCCUGGUCAUCCGGUGCCGGAGAAGGAGAGAGAGCGUUGAAUACAAGACUGAUGAUUUAGAUAGUGAGAAGACGGUGCUGCCAGCGGACGCGGUGUACGCGGGCCAACAGACAGCGACGGUGGCGCCGCGCUACUCGCCGGGCGCGCUGCAGGCAGCGUUGAACUCGCUGGAGAGAGAAGCCAAAGAAAAUGUGUAUGCGGUAUUAGACCCGCAUAUACAAUACGAAAUAACUAUUAAUAAGCACGGAGAACCGCCAAAGCAUUUGUCGCUAUCUAAGCCCCUAACUCACCAAAGAGCACACGCGUUCGACACACAACUCAAUGAGAUUAACAAUAACGAAUUCGAAAAUAGAUUCACCACAUUCAAAUCGGGACCGACGAAACUAAGACGAUCGAACAGAAGCGAUCGACAGAAUAACGAUCGUAGCUACGUGUGCAAAACUAACAACGAUAUCGAAUACUCAAAAGACCCUUACUUUGGCGUCGCUAGAGACAACCAAAUUAGAAAAUCUAAAACCUACUCUCGCAUGUAUGAGCGUAACAACUCAGGCAAGAAAGACAACAGGAAAACUCAAUUCGCUGAAGAUAAAGAUGCUAAAAAACUGUCGAACCGCGAUUGGAUUUAUGAAGAUAAUAAGCAUAUUAAUAAAGAACUAGAGAAAGAGCGAUCAUUUGAAGAGUUAAAAGAAGAAAACGAUAUGAGGCAAGAUACAGAAGACUACAAACCUCGGCCAGGUAAAGUUAGAGAAAUCGCUUCGAGGUUUAAUAGAAAUAGUGCAAAUGUUGGUCAGUCUGUAAAUAGUAGUAAAGGUAGGCCGAAGCCGUUGCAAAGUUACGGCAACCAGGCUUAUUUAGACCAUGUGUUCCCUGAUGCUGUAGAAAUUUGAAUAGGCUAGUUACCUAGAGUUAAAACAGCUAUUCUUCAUUCAUCUUCAAACGUAUAUUUAUGUAACUAUGUAGUUAGGAAGAAUCUCACAAGCUAUGACGAUCAUGUGAGCCACAUGUGAGCAUAUCACCGCCUUACAAUAUAUUUACCAUUUGCCUCUUUGGCGAUCAAAAGGCUAAGUAAAUUAUAAAUCGAAUAAUACCUUGUUUCCUUUAUGUCUUUCCUUAAAUGCAACUUCAAUUCAAUGCCGUGAACAAACAUAAUUGAUCUAUAGGAAACUAGCCUAUUGUAUGUGAAUGAGAAAUUUAUCACAUAGAUCUCUGUAUUAGUAUUUAAAUUACUCAUAGUGUAGUGAUUACCUGAAUAGACGUAAGUCUUGCUAUCUGCUUUUAUUUAUAACAUUUACUGGUUGUUCCACUUCUCACUGCCUAAUAAUGGUUGUAACACAAAUAAGACUAUUUAUACCAUAGACUAAGAUAUACUUAUUAAAGUUUACCAUUUCAACAAACUCAAUAUUAAACUAAAUAACAUGCUCAGACUUUUACUACUUUACAGUUUACUAAUACCGAAGAGUUAUUAAUCGUAAUAGAGAGAUAAAGUCUACGAAAAAAACGAGCCCUCAAAAUUUACAGCCUAAACAGAUGGCGCUGUACUGUGCCAUAUGUUUUGUGAUCAUUGAAUUGUCAAACGUCAACUUUAGACAACCAAAUUUACAGCAUAAUGUACGAACGAAGACGUACAGCGCCAUCUGGUGUAGGCGUCAAAUUUGAAGCACGUCGUCUUAGACUUUUCACAUCUUACACAAUCAAUGAAUCUUUGCUAAUAUACAUGUAUAUUCAAUAAUGCUUACUAGAGGAUAUGCGAUAUUGGCGUUCUUAGCUUGUAGCACUUAAGCGGGCCAUACUACUAUAAAUUAUUUCUCUAUUAAGUUUUUAAGUAAGUAUAAACGCAGAUGACUGCACUAUCUAUUAAAUAGACGUCUUAAGUCGAUGAAGAUGGCGGUGCGUCUGAAUAUAGAGUCGGACCCCGUUAACUCUGCAUGAAAUUGUCUGUGGAAAUGUGACGUUUAAGUAAUGACCUUGUUUUGUCAAAGUUGCUGCAGAGUUAGCGUAGAGAGACUCUAGUCACUUUUUACAUGAUGCUGACACGGUGGCAUGCUAUUUUCAUUUUAUGGAUUGACAAAUGUUAAAUGUAAAAAAUGAAUAGUAAGUAAACUACGAGUGUGGCGUUUUUUUUUUAAAUUAAUGUUUAGCUUAGGUACUCAAUUCUGCCAAAAAGUUCUUUAAAAAUAUUUUUGCGUUAUCUUUUUGUGAUAAAAUACAUAUGAAAAGCUGCAAAACGAGAAACAACUACAGAAUGUUUCAUUAACACGGCCGUCGGCCAGUCAAAUACCUAGUCAGUACAAAAUACUUAUGCCGUGUUAGCGCCAUCUAGUGAAACUAUUACGACACGAAUAACUUUUGAUGUUGCGCCUGUCUAUUUAUAGUUUAGUUAUCUGCGGAAUAGUGGGCAUUUUAUUUAUGAUUCUGUAAUUUCUGUAUGUACUUAAUGAUAUUUUAUCCGAACCCUGUUGUAAUGUACCUAUUGUCUUAUAGGAACUAGUAUUUCGUUACUGUUUACUUCUUUUGUGUAUAGUUUCUAUUUCUUAUGUUUUGUAUUGUUGAAUUUUAACAACAUUAAAUAAAAUAAAUUGUAAUUUAUAAA